AUGAGUAAUAAGAAUAGUAUCAAUUCAGUGUUCCACAAUGUAGUGUUGUGCAGACUCAUCUUUGAUCAUGUGAGUGAUAUUCACAAGAGAUCACUCGUGAUCAAGUCGACGAUCAAAGGUGCCAAACUGUAUGCCAAUGGCAAUCUCAUCGAUAUGUUGAGAUAUAAUGCAACUCAGAUGUUCAUCGAUACAUUCAACAGCAUUGACCAUGAUAACUGCAACCCUCACCCUGGCCCUCAACCUCACACCAACACGUUGGCAAAGGAAGCAAUUAGAUACAACAACCACGAGGUAUUCAAUCAUUUAUGCCAAUAUCCAAGUAUGCACAUUGACAUGAACAUGUUAAUGGACAUGCACAUUGGUGCAUCAAACACAUUGUUAAAGGAUAUAUGUAAGCAUGGCAACAUAAACUUGCUCCAACAAUACUUAAAGGUCGUUGGGAUCACAUCACGUAAUCACGGAUUGACAACAAGGAUGAUGAAGGUGAAGUUUGUUCAUUAUGCAUUGUUCACAGGCAACGCCCAAUUCAUGCGAAUGCUGCUCCAACAUCUAAAGAUCACCAAUGACAACGACCAAGACAAAGAAGGGUACAACCAGUGGCCUCAACUAAAGAUCAACAACAAACACCCAGGCAUCAAGAUUGAAGUACUCAAAGUGUUGCACGAGGAGUUCAACCAUCUCCUGGUUAAAGGUCAAACACACCUUUGGCAUGCCGCACUCAUACACUCUGUCAAGUCCAACAUGGCGGAUAGUGUACAGUACAUCUUGGGCAACUUGACAUGUCCUGAUCGAGGGUUGAGCUUAGACUUGAUCGACCGAGACCGUGCCCUCUUUGAGGAUUGCUUGUAUCAGUGCGCUAAAGCUGGCAAUGUCAAGAUGGUCGAGUUGAUACUCAGCCAUCCAGGAUGCGAAAGACUCCUCCUCAUCAUUAACUAUUUUGGAUACAUCGAUGAAGCUGCCGAUCGUGGCCACGAAACAUUCAUCAAGUACUUGUACCAACAUCAUGUCUGCAAUCGAACGAUCAAAUACACUGGCAAGGAAAUGAUCAUACACUAUCUUGGUAUGAAAGAUGAUGAUCAUCACCAUUUUGAUCAUGAUCGUCUUGCAUCGUCCAAACUGAUCGUCACACCUUUGGCAGCGAUACGCAAUGAUGACCUGGCCAGUGUCCGGUCCAUGAUUGAUCAGAUCGAAGAAUUGGACGUCAAGAUAUGCAUGAGGAUGUCUCGAGCAAUGGCAGAGUGUAUUACAAGUCCUCGACCAAGGACUUUGAACCUUGGUGCCAAUGCGAUCAACAUGAUCAAAGCGAUCGACAAGCCGGGCAGCAACAUCACUGUCGACAUGGCAUGUCAGUUCAUUGAGAACUGCACUUUGGAAUCAUUCACAAAAUAUGAUAUGCAGUUGAAUGGAAUCCGCACUCUGUCGUAUCAAGCUGCCAAACACCCAGCAAGGCUAUUACAAAGUCUGGACAAGUUCAAGCCACCCAACCAAACAUAUCUACGAGCCUGUCUCAUUAUUGCUCUGAAGAAGGGACAUCACGACACAAUGUCCCUCAUCCUCCCCCGCAUUGAUACUUUGGGCGGACUUGAUACAGACUACAUCAGCAAGGCUGCCAAGCUAUUCGUCGCCACUGGAUCAUUGGAGGACAUUAUAUUCAUGUUGGAACAACACACCUUUGAACCAAUAAGACACAAUCCCGACAUAUAUACAUGGGCCGUAGACAAUGAACGUGUCGAGGUGUUUGAGCACAUCAUCAAACAGUUGGCCGUCACUAGCUUUGAUGUCAAUGUGGACAAACAAAUUCAACCAAUAAUCAAAAGUAUUAUCCAUCGAGCAUACAUGGCUGACAAACCUCACAUUGUUGGGAUAGUUCAACAACACUUUAAGCUGGACAGUGGCGUUACUUGGAUCAUUCCAACAGAACACAUGCUACAAGAUAUGGCCAUUCACAAUGCCUACCACUCAUUGGAGUACCACUUCAACUCAAUGACUUUCGCCGCCAUGCCAACCACAACUCAAUUGGAAACCAUUAACUUAAUCAUGUAUAUUGCAUAUCAAUACGGAACUACUCGAGUGAUCAAACUAUGCAUUGGCCAUAUCAAGGCCAUCACCAAGGCUACGAUCUGA